AUGUUUGCAAUAUUACCGAAUUAUCGAGAUAAAAUACUCUGUGGCUGUAGGAAACAGCGAUAUGUCAGUCCGAUUAUCACAACAGCUACUGUUAUACCCAAACCACCGGGGCCGAAUAAUAAAAAACUUGAAAUUAGUCAAACAAUGCCUAUGACCAUUGUUCCCAAUAUAAGUGAGCAAAGACCAUAUCCAGUUGAUGUUAAUCAUAUUCUCAGCCCUAUAUCAGUGAAGGAAUGA